AUGGCCCUUACUGCAGCCAAAUGCAUGGAAAGGCUACAGAUGAGGGGAAGAGAAGAGGAGCAAGGAAUUGAGCUUGAGUAUUUGGAAAGCCUCCACUAUAAACAUGAAACCUGGCUUCAUGAAAGGACUAUGAGAGUUGAUUUUGAGAACCUUAGAGAGGUGCCCAUUCUAGUUUUGGAUGUUAAUGAAGACUUCAAGAAUGAUAAGAUUAAACAGGAGUACCUGAUUGAUAAGGUCAAGUCUUUCCUGACUUCCUAAGAACAUGAAAAUGACUUUGAAUAAGUCCUUGAAGUUUAGGAGUUAAACCUAACAAUCAGUGUUUUCCUAAACAUUUACUUUAGCUGAAUGCAUUACCCAUCUAGCUUAUUUUAAGGCAAGACUGAAGUGUAAAAUAUGGUUUGGGUUUUUUUGCUUGUCUGACCUGUGUGGUUUUUCACAGAAUUUUGUCUAGUUAAAAUGAAAACUUACGGGGUGCUUUGAUAGUGUUCUUUGUGUGUAUUCUCUGCUUAUUAAUAAAGUUUUUAAAAUAAUA